CUGCGAGAGGCGCGUUUCCGCUUCCGCGAGCAAUGGCGGCCUGGGAGCUGGUGCUGGUCGCGCUGCUGAGCGCCUGGUUCGGUCUCUUUACGUCAGCUGGUAAGAUGAAAAUCGUGGAGGAGCCGAACACCUUUGGAUUGAACAACCCAUUCCUACCUCAGACAAACAGGCUCCUUCCAAAGAUGGCACCUUCCCCAAUCUCAGGUAUAAAUAUGAGUUCUGUCCUUUCAAUAAUGUCACUCAGCACGAGCAGACCUUUCGGUGGAAUGCCUACAGUGGGAUUUUAGGGUGAGAAAAUCCAGACUCUUCUUUUUAUUUUAGUUUGUGAGUUGUGUUCUUUGUAGAACUCUUGAAAUCAGCACUUUUUAAAUUAGCUAUAGUUACGUUACCUUGAAAAUAAACUAAUCUUGGCAUUUAGUCCAAACCCUGUUCCCUAAACUGUUUUCGGUUAUACCAGUGCCACUGCCCUGUAGAAGCUGAUGCAGAGGCUGUAAGGGUGUAACUGAAGGCACAAUUUGUGUGAAAGUGCUGCAAAAUGUAUCUUGUUAAACCUCUUCUAAUAGCAGCAUGGGGCUCGGGUCACUUGCUGGAGGAUUCUCUGCACCUUGAGGUCUUUAAACCAUGAUUUGAGGACUUCAGUAACUCAGACAUAGGUUAGGGGUUUGUUACAGGAGUGGGUGGGUGAGAUUCUGUGGCCUGCAUUGUGCAGGAGGUCAGACUAGAUGACCAUAAUGAUCCCUUCUGACCGUAUGUCUAUGGGAAAAACAAUCAUGGACAUUUAGUAAAUUAGGCUCCUUGACCAUUUAUUUUAAUAAUUUAAUUUCUUAUUUGACUAUAGCAUUUUAUUCUUGAGACUUAAUUUAAGAAUACAUAAAACAGAUCAAUCUGACAUCUUUCAACUGUAGGUGUCAUCUAGUUGCUGCUGUUCUCAUUACUUUAUAGUUAAUGAUGAAAAUACAAUUUUAGUGGCUGUUGCUUUAAACUUAAAAACUGCAUCUUAGCUAAGCCAUGAGAAUCCAGAAUUUAGCAAUCCUAGUUGGUCUUAACAUAUGCUGAGAGUAAAAGGUGGAAGAGGUCUCUAAAGGUAAGUAUGCUUUCUAAUAAUCCUUUCCCAAUUUCUGGAUCACGUGUAGCAUUACAUCAACUGCUUGAGAUUGCCAGGAAUGGGAAUUAUCCCACAUAUGGGAUCAUGUCUCUUAAAACACCAAAUAAAAAAUUUUAAGGCAGAACUGACAUAACUACAAAAUGGAGGCAUUAUAGUUAAGUAUGAGAUUUAUUUAUUGGACACUCUAAGAGCAUGUAACGAGGCGGUGUGGCUCCCCUCCUCACCCGAGAGGGUCGAGCCCCGUCAAUCAUCCAUAGGGGCGGGGCCUCUAAGUAGAAGUCCCGCCCCUCAGAGGGUCAAGCGACGACCCGGAAGGAUAAAAGCCGGCUCUCAGCCCUCAUUUGGAGCCCAGCCACCGUCAGGAGCAGACCUGUCAGCGGGAGCUCCUGACUGGGAAGCUGCUAAGGCCGCAGGCUGGUGUCCGGACUGGCUGGAGCUUCCCUGCGCUCGCUAUAACGAGGAGCUGCCAGAGCUUCCCUGCGCUCGCUAUAACGAGGAGCUGCCAGAGCUUCCCUGCGCUCGCUACAAUGAGGAGCUGCCAGAGCCGCCCCGUCCCUGCUGCGGCCCUGAGGACAUCCCGGAACAGGCCUGGCCGGACUUCCCAGAGGAGCUGCUGGACCUGCCGCCCAGCCCUAGCCGUGAGGAGCCGACGUGGUGGGACAUCUCUGAAGCUGAUUCCACAAACCAGUAUUUGGCAUGAAUGGGAAAUUUACAACAACACAUUUGUUGGCAUGUGGAUGAGAGAAGGGGAUUCAUGUGAAACCAAAACCAGAGAAACAAAGGUUCUUCUUCUUUGUGGAAAAAACAAUAAGUUGGCUCAUGUGUCUGAGCCAAGUACUUGUGUUUACUCUCUAAUGUUUGAGACUCCUCUUGCUUGCCAUCCUCAUUCUCUUUUAGUUUAUCCAACACUGACUGAAGCCCUGCGAAGGAAGUGGGAUGAAGCAGAGCAGUCUCUUUAUGAUGAGCUAAUAACUGAACAGGGAUACAAAAAAUUGUUGAAGGAGAUUUUUGAGGAAGCAGGACUUUUAAGAGCAACAGAAGAAAAGGAGAUUGAGAAAAAAAAUAAAAAGCUAAAAAGUCUGGAAUUUGAAACAGUGGAGAAAUGCAAUAAGGAGUACAAGAAACUUUCUGAAGAAAUAAUAAGGCUUAAAGAUUUAUUAACUCAACGUGGUGUUGUAUAUGAAAGAAACACAGCUGAAAAUACAAGUGCUGAACACGUCAUUCAUAAAGUGGUGACUGCAAAGCCAAGUGUUCUGAAUGGUUCAAAGGCUAAUGAACAUCUACAGGAAGACACAGGCAUUUGGAAUGACACCUUUUAAAGAAAUUUGUCUGGCUGAUAAAUAUCAAGUUCAUAUAGACUAAACUAUUGAGCAAAUUGGAUGUAUAUCAUAGUACUAAGAUAAUUUAACAACGCUUUGUGAAUAUUUCUAAUGCUCUAUAUUCUUGCCCUAAGGCAACAGGAAGAGAAUGUUUGAGUUAAAUUCUGCCAUUGAAGACAGCUGUUGUAGUUCAGGUUACAAGGAUGUUUAAGUUGUAAAAAUUCUCUUUGCUGAAACUGUUACCAACCAUUGGGUCUGCAGACUCUACUUCUCCAAUCUCAGUUCUGUGCUCUUUGCUUUGAUCAAUUAUUGCACUAAUUAGAGUGAAAGGUGAUUGGUUGUAUACCCAGCAUCUGUAUUUCUGCCUGAUGUGGGGGGAACAGUUUUGUCCUCAAAUUUGGAUGGAUUACUAAACUUCUUAACCACUGAUAGCAGGGGCAGUUUAUUUGCCUUUGGGAAGGAGUAGUUCACAUUGUACUUGCUAAUCCUGUAGCAGCACUGAUGAGGCUAGAAGGAUGGAGUGAUGUGGAACCUUUAGCCAGAGAUGAACAUGUGAGCAAAAAGCAAAAUUUACCUUCUAGUCUUUCAGGUAGAUUAUAUACAGUAUACUCCUAUUUAUCCAAAACUCCAUUAUCCAAACCUCUGCAUUAUCCAGAUCCCUUCCUUGUCCCCUAGCAUGAGAUACAUGCUCUCUGCAGCAUGUAUCUUAUGCUGGAGGAUAAGGAAGUGAUUCAGAUAAUGUGGAGGUUUGGGUAAUAGAGCAGACACUACUAGCCAGGACUGCAAGAAGGAUGAGCCCCCGGCUGCAGAGAAGACCAUCCUGCUGCUGAAUGAGCCCUCUGCAGCACUGCUGUCAUGGGAGUGAAUGAGGCUAAGACAGCAGAGCUGCAGAGGGCUCCCUAUGUUGCCACAGUGCUGGUGACACCCGAUCCCUGCAGGCACAAGGUGCAGUGGGAAGGCUAUGGUCCUGAUAGGGCAGACUCUGUUCUGCCCUGCCAGGACCACAGUCUUCCUUGCGCCUGCAGGGAAUUGGGUGUCACUUGCCAUGUGGCUGCACAGGGAGUCUGCAACAUUACUGUCACAGGAGUAAGUGAGUGGGGCACAGCAGAGACCCCUGGCCAGGACUGUGAAGAGGAUGACAAGCCCCUGACUGUGGAGGAGGCCACCCUGCUGCUGAAUGGCCUCUUGAUUAUCUGAACCAAAUCUGUGUCCCUCAUGCUAUUCAGAUAAUUGGGAGUACGCUGUAUUGAAAAAGAUAGAAGGAAAUGACUGCAUAAAGACUAGAGAAAUUACUCCACAUUAAAGCUGUAAGGUGUAAAUAGUUAUUCCUUUAACACCUGUUUCCACACUAGCAGCUAAUAUUCACCUCUUAUCCAUCUCUGCUGCAAAUUCUUGUUUAAGACAACCAUCACACAGUUUACUAAAAGUUAAGACUAACAGAACGACCAUUUGUAAGUAGGAUACUUUCCUCCUAACCUUCUGGUUUGCCUCAGGUGGCCGUGAUGCUCUCUCACAAGUUCUUUCCUACCUCAGCUUUGGUGUUGGCUCAGGACUUUUUACCCGUAGUGCUGCCCCCCUUCCCCUGACUUUUCUUUCCAGCCAUCCACAGCUUGCUCCUGAUCCUUCUAGUCACAUAUUGGGGUACUAUCACAAACACUAUCAUUUUUGUGUGCAUUUUGCAUUUACUACUCCAAACGUACAUUGUAAUAGAUUUCAAAUCAAGGAAAUCUUAGUGAUCCAUUUAGCAUACCCAGUGCAUAAUGUCAGAUGUGAAUGCAAAAUAAUUACACUACUUUUCAGACAAGAUCUUGCAAACUGAGAUAAAGUCUGCAUUGCAUGAACAUUAAAAUCACCUUCCCAAUUUAAAGAGUAAGCCUUUUCUCUUUUGGCUUAGGCAAAAAUGUUCCUUCCCUCUAUGGUGUGUAUCAUCUGCAACUGCAGUUCUCCCACACUAGGAUUGGUUGCAUUUGAGAGGUGCUUACACCUUGGGAUUCUUAUGGAUGAAAAAUGAAAAUCGAAUGUUUUUUUUACAGAAGACCAGUAAUGUUUAAGGAGUGUAUCUCUAUUCUGUAUAUUAUAAAGAAUAAAUGUAUGGA